UUGCUAUCUAGUACUCGAUGUGCUUAUAAUAUGCGAUAUGAUAAAACAAAAUCUAUACGAUUAUUUAUAGUAAAUCGAUAUCCACAUCGUUUCAUUGUCUAAAAAUCAAUGUAGAGCGCAAAACAGUGAACAAAUGUUUUAUUAUUUUUUCUUGAUCCUCUGCGUCAUGUCCAGCUCGUAUGAUGCUGCACCUACUUUCAGCAUCGUAGGUGGUCAUGACGCAGUGCGUAAUCAAUUCCCGUUCCACGUCUCCAUUCGUCAAUGCGACGACGAAUGUUUUCAUGACUGUGGUGGGGCUAUCCUGAACGAGAGGUGGAUCCUGACAGCAGCCCACUGCACCGGAGACACCGACCUGUACGAGAGAUACAUAGUAGCAGGAACUUACAACUUGAAAGAAACUGAUGGAAGUAUUCAAACUAUCGGUGUCGAAGAAUACAUAAUCCAUCCUUCGUUUGAUGAUGAACUUGAAGUGAGUGCUCAUGAUAUAGCUCUCUGGAAGCUGAACGCUUCAUUGGUGUUCAACGAUCAUGUUCAACCUGUCCAGCUACCAGAGCAAGGAUCAGACGUUGUCGGAAUGGCAACACUGUCCGGUUGGGGGGUCGAGGACGAGGACGAAAUCUACCGGGCAGAUACUAUGCAGGCCGUAGAUCUACCCGUUUUGUCAUACCAAGACUGUCAAGACACCCUGUCAUCCCUGCGCCCCACGUGGUUCGGCCUGCUGGACGAACGGGCCAACCUCUGUACCGGCCCUUUACCGGGCCAUUUAUCCACCUGCGACGGUGACUCUGGGGGUCCACUGACGCAGAAGGGGGUCGCAGUGGGGGUGGUUUCUUGGGGUGUCCGACCGUGCGGUCGAAUUGGAGCACCGUCGGUCUACACGAGGAUAAGCAGCUAUGUUGAUUGGAUCAGAGAAAAAAUAAAAACAUAA